AUGUCAGGUUAUAUUAGACAUUUGGCGAUAAUAACGGGUUCGAGUUUAGGCAUCGGUGCCGCCACUGCUCUACUAUUGGCCAAAAGUGGAGCUAAUGUUGUAAUCACUGGACGUAAUGCCGAUAAUGUGUCCAAAAUUUGCAACGAGUGUACAGAAGUGUCACUAAAAGGUCUGAAAGCACUUCCAGUGGUGGCAGACGUGACCAAAGAGGAAGAUGUCGACCGACUUCUCGACACUACUAUUAAAACGUUUGGCAAAUUAGAUAUUUUGGUGAAUAACGCGGGCAUCGGAUCCCGCGCUCCCAUCACUGAUGCCGACUAUAUUCACAAAUUAAAGGCAGUGUUUGACACAAACCUUAAUUCUGUGAUAUAUUUAACCCAUAAAUCAAUUCAAUAUUUUGAGAAAACUAAAGGAAAUAUAAUUAACAUCUCGAGUAUCGCUGGCAUACAAUCCAGUGGAGGCAUAUCUCCGUAUCACAUGUCUAAAGCAGCUCUCGAUAUGUUUACCAAAUGUAUUGCCGUUGAUUUGGGCCCAAAAGGCAUACGAGUUAAUUCAGUCAAUCCGGGUGCUAUUCGCACAGCAAUCAUCCGCGACAGUAAAAUGACUGAACAACAAACUCAAAGCCUAUGGGAUCGGGUGAAGAGCCGAUAUCCUGUGGGCCGGUGUGGAGAGCCGUUAGAUAUCGCCAACACUGUUCCCUACCUGGCCAGUGACCAUGCUAGUUUUAUUACGGGCACUAUUAUGGUGGCUGAUGGCGGACACCUGGCAGCUAAUAGUGGAGGCAUAUCUCCGUAUCACAUGUCUAAAGCAGCUCUGGAUAUGUUCACCAAAUGUAUUGCCGUUGAUUUGGGCCCAAAAGGCAUAGGUGUUAAUUCAGUCAAUCCGGGUGCUAUUCGCACAGCAAUCAUCCGCGACAGCAAAAUGACUGAACAACAAACUCAAAGCCUAUGGGAACGGGUGAAGAGCCAAUACCCUGUGGGCCGGUGUGGAGAGCCGUUAGAUAUCGCCAACACUGUUGCCUACCUGGCCAGUAACCAUGCUAGUUUUAUUACGGGCACUAUUAUGGUGGCCGAUGGCGGACACCUGGCAGCUAAUGUCCGCAUGAAUUUUGAUUAA